AGAGGGAGAGGAAAACAGUCGAGGGAGGGAGACAGCAGUAGGGAGAGGCAGGCACCCUUUUUUUUUCUUUUGCGCCCGUGUAUAAUAGUGAGGAUAAAUAAGCAGUGUGACGCCAUUAAGAAGCAAAGUAAAGCAGUAAGCAGAGGAGAGGACCAGGUGGAGGAGGACCUACACAGCGGUACACAGGGCCACAGCAGAAGAGGAGGGUCUCGACGAAGGCCCCGAAGCAGCAGGAGCCGUGGCCGUGCUGGGGCUGUGCGUGUAGGAUGCGGGGCCCUCCAAGAUGUCUCGCGUAGGGGCCGGGGCCAGGACCAAGCCCAGGGGCACCCAGGACGUGUGCGGGGACUGCGGGGCGCCGGAUCCUGGCUGGGCUUCCAUCAACCGGGGCAUCUUAAUCUGUGACGAGUGCUGCAGCGUGCACAGGUCCCUGGGCCGACACAUCUCCCAAGUCAAGUCUCUCAAGAAGGGGUCAUGGAAUGCAAUUCAACAUGCUAUGGUCCACACCCUAUACAACAGUGGUGCCAAUGGCAUUUGGGAACAUACCCUCCUAGACCCCAGUGUUGCCAAGACUGGAAGACGCAAGCCCCACCCAAAGGACCCCGUCCAUCCAACCAAAGCUGACUUCAUCCGGGCUAAGCACCAGAUGUUGUCAUUUGUGUACCGGCCAUCAAGAGAUGAAAACAACGAGGAUGAUGCAGAUGUCAGCCGGCAGCUACAUUCCAGUGUGCGAACCUCAAACCUGGAAACUUCCCUGCGUCUGCUGUCCCAAGGAGCAGACCCUAACUACUUCCAUAAGGAGAAGAACUGCUGUCCAUUGCAUGUUGCUGCAAGGGCCGGUCAAUCAUCACAGGUGGAGCUGCUCAUUGUUUAUGGGGCUGACCCAGGGGCUGUUGAUCCCCAGGGCUACACUCCAGCCCACUACGGCAGUGAGGCAAACCAUCCAGAGUUGGCUGGGCACCUAAUUGAGUGUCAGUAUGAGUUGACUGACCGACUGGCAUUCUACGUAAGUGGCCGCAAGCCUGACCAUGAAAAUGGCCAGCAUUGGAUCAUUCCAGAGAUGGCCGACUCAUUAGAUGUGUCUGAUCUGGCCAAGGAAGCGAGAGCCAAGCUGCAGUCUCUGCCCAACCACCUGUUUGAGGACCUUGCCUGUGAUGUAUAUGAUGAGGUUGACAGACGGGAGACAGAUAGCAUUUGGCUCUCACUGCAAAAUCCAAGUGCCCUCGUGAGUGACAGAUGCACUGUGCCCUUCCUUCCUGUCAACCCGGAGUACUCGUCUACAAGGAACCAAGGGCGGCAGAAGCUGGCAAGAUUCAAUGCACGAGAGUUUGCCACCUUGAUUAUUGAUGUUCUGUCAGAGGCUAAACGACGUCAGGCAGGCAUUCCUUCUCCACUCACAACUCCCAAAGAUAAAGUAACCCAAGGUGCGAGGAGGGAAGCCCGGGCACACGACCCCUCCCUCGCCUCUCCCUCUCCUCCAACCCUUCAGCCCCUUCAGCCUCAAGAUUCCUUCUCCAUGCCUUCUAUGCCUGUCCACUCUGACCCCUCCAUGUUGGGUGACUUCGGUGACGUGACGUUGACACAACCUAACUCCCCCAAAAUAAACUUCCACAACAACAACAAUAACAACAACAUAAGCCUUAAUGCCCGGCUAAUGAUGCCUUCCACCACCUCCAUGACUGUAAACUGCCCCCCUCCUCCUCCCCCCCCAACCAAGGACCUCCCUCACUCUCCCUACACCAGACCUGCCCCCAGCUCUAUCGCCUCUCAGUCUUCUAGCAUCAGUGCCAUUACCUCCACCACAGACUCAUCCUCUGGCACCACCUCCACCUCUGCUCUUCUCACUGACAUUCCUUGCACCAACGCCUCUGCUGCCACAGCCUCUGACACCUCCUCCUCUGCCCCGGCCUCACUCUCCUACAAGCCCCACGCCAACAACAACAACAAAGGGGAGAUGACUGAUGAUGGGGAGCCCCUCUAUGACUCAGUGGCCUCGGAGGAUGACUACACCUACGUGGAGCAGGUGGAGAAGCUCAAUCAACAAAAGAAGUUUUUGGAGGAGGAGCAGAAGCGUCAGCUAAGUGCUGAGCUGCUGAAGUACUCUGAGAUGCGUAGUGAGAUGGAGUCUGGGGUGAACUUGGAGAAGUACCUGGAGAUGAAGGAGAAGCUGGAGAGCAGUGAGGUGCGGAUCCAGGAGCUACAGAGCAACAAUGCACACAUGCGCUCACAGCUGGAUGAACUCUGCUCAACAGUGCAAAAUUUGCGAGAGGAGAACAAGAGCCUUCGGUCCCUGUACAGCAGUGGCAGCAUGGGAGGCAGCAUGGGCCAGUCCACCCACUCCACACCUCCUCCCUUGGCCUACUACCAGCAUCCCCACUGCCUGCACAAUGGAGAUGCUGACCCUCAGGUAAAUGUGCGCUCUCGUGGUCCUCCUGUGCAGCGUCCCUUCAGCAUGUUUGAGCCCCGCCAAGGACCCCCGAGUGUCACCGCUCCCUGCCACCCACUAGACCAAGCCAGAACCUCAGCCUUUUCUGGACGAGUAUCUGGUGAGUACGACAACACAAGAACACACAGUCCUGGGGUAGAGCCCUCGGAGAUGACACCACUCAAUUCCUCUUAUGGGAUACCCACUCAGGAGGAGGUUGUGAAAAAGACGGAAGUGAUCACCAAGAAGAUCCAGGAGUUGCUCAUUUCAGCACAGGAGGGGCGACAGGAGGCCUUCAUGCCCUGUGCUGAACAGAUCCAUGCAGCCGUCCUUGACAUGGACUCCAUCUUUCCCAAGGGUCGGUGCCCUUCUGGGGUGCAGGGAGCUCUGCGUCAGCUGGUGAACAGUGCCAACCGCCUGCUGGGUGAGUGUCGCAGCCACGUCCUGUCCCACGCCCACUCACUCGACCCCAAAUUUGUCACCCAGCAGGUCAUCCAGUGUGCUUAUGACAUAGCCAAGGGAGCCAAGGCACUGGUGUCUCACUUCCAAUAAUUUGGUGAGGGAGGCAGCUUGCCCUCCCUACAAGCAGUGCAGUGGAGGCAGUCACUCCCUACAAGCAGUGCAGUGGAGGCAGUCACUCCCUCCUCUAGCUGAGUGAUUGGGGCAGGCUCCCUCUCUCCUAAAUGUAAUGGAGACACCCCAACCUUUCUUCAAACUCUAAUGUAGAGGCAGUCCCCCCUCUCUUCCUCAUGGCUGUGUGGUGGGGGCAUCUCCCCUCCCUCAUAGUAUAGGAGAAGCUUCUUGUAAUUUUGAUGACUAUUUCCUUGUGCCAUUGCAUGGCAUGAAUUUUAUAUUUUAGGUGGAAUAUAUUUCUUGAGAAGAAAAUUACUUGAUAUAAAAAUGAUUGAAGCCUUAUGUGGAGAAGUAUCAAAGUGUAUGUUUUAAAGGGAAUGGGGUUAAAGUUAUGAUGGCAGAUGACACAUAAGAACAUCAUCUUGGGGAGCUGGGAAUGGUUUACCAGUAAGGACUCCAAUAUUAUGUUGCUGGUGAUAAUGCCUCAGUCAGGGACUAUCAUUGCUGUCUCUUAUAGGGACUCACAAUUGCUACCUAUGGACAAGAAAAUUAUACCUUUGCUUAUCAUUACACAUUAGUUGAUUUUUUGUUGGAAGAUGGAAACCAAUAUGGUUAUAACUUUUUUUUUUUUUCAACAGCAAGAAGAUAACAAGAAACUAAGUUCUUGACUUUGUUACGUGCAACUGUUGUGAUAUACUUUUUCUAUGUUCAGAUGCUUGUUUUCUGACACUCAUUUGCCGUUUGCAAGAUACUUCCUAGUUCCUUUCAUUAGCCACACAAUGUAGCCAUGUGUUUCUUUUUAUUCACUUGCUAACACUGAGCCAAGAUCAUGUUUGUUAUAUUUAGAGUAGAGUUUGAAUUUUGUGUUGCUAACCAAGGCACUGCAGUCUAGGUAAAACAUUGAAGCUGUUAUUUUCAGCGUUAUGAUUAUUACUAGGUGAUUGAUAUUGAAUUUCUAAGAGUCUAUUAUUACUAAUAUACUUCACUAGCUUUGCCUUAGUGACUGAAAGCAUUGCAAAAAAUAUAAAUACUUCUGAUGAAUGUGAAGUACAGGGAAGUUGCCUCUGCUAUAAGUGUUGCAUAGAGAAUAUCUUUUUUAUAUAUUUGUGUACAUAUAGAUCAUAUAACUUAUGUAAUUUAAUAGUAUUUAUACCGUAAUAAAGGGAAUGUAGAGUUUCAUGUAGAGCUGUCUGAAUAUAUAUGAAUUUUUUCCCCCCAAAAUCCAAUCCUAAUAUUUUAAGCAAUGCAGCUUUGUUUUGUUUCCAUAAGGUCAAAAAAUAAUUAUAAUUUUCUUUGUGACAUUGAAAUAAGUGAAGCUCAACAGUUCAAGAAAGCAGUUAUAAACAUGUUCUGUGAUUAUGUUAGGUGUGUUUUCUUGAGAUUUCUUAUAGAUUUUAGUCAUGGUUUGUUGGCUGAGUUGUGGGACAGAGGGUGUGUAUGUUUUCACCAAGGCUGCAACCAGAGUCAACCUGAUUUAAAAACUCCAGUUUCAGCCUUUGCCAAAUGCCUUUACCAAAAUAAGAGGAAAUAAUAGAUCAGAAAAAUCCUAUUACGUGUAGAAAUUCAUUGGCUAGCUUUAAUUAUGAAUGGACGAACAAGAACAUAAAUCACCAGAAUGACAUGCUGUUAGUAAUAGUUGUUAACUACAUGUUGUUUACCUCAGCCUUGGUUCUCCAGGUAUAUAUAUAUUACGGACAUGAGAGUUAGCCAAAUUAAUACUGCUCAUAAUAUGAUGUAUAAGAUUCAUUUAAUCAUUUUAAUGACAACAUGUAGUUCAUUUAUUACCCCUUUCCACUUAGCAUUUUAUAGAGUAUUAGUGAUUUUGAUGGUUGUUGGAGAUUGCCUUAUGACUUUUUACUUAUAAAUUAAACCAUCAUCGAUAAUUUACUGAGAACUGCAGAUCUAUACUUACUUGUAAUUCACAAUAUGAAAGAGACAAAUGAUACAUGAACCAUGUGGCAGUGUUGAGUUUGAGGUAAUGUGAAAGGUUUGCCUAGAAUGUGAAGUACUGCAGGGUUAAUCCUUUGUAGUCCUUCAACCAAAAGUGGUAAGGCACCUUGUUGCAGCCUUGGCAAGAACAUGCCCCAAAGCUAGGGCUAAGGUAUAGAGUAUGGCGAUUGUAACUUUCAUCCUGAAGGAAUUAGGUCCAGUCCAUUUCAGGGAAAUAAGUUCUUGACACAUUACAUUGCUUCAACGUAGUGUAUAUCACCAAGUGUCAGCAGUUCCUGUAAAAAUACCAAUAUAUUUACAAUGGAAUUGGAUGAAACCGUGAAUCCAACUGCUAUGAUGUAUAGUGUAGUAUUGCCUGUUGUGGAUAAGUGUUGAAGAGGCCCAUUGGGAAGGGGACAAAAACAGGCUUGAACUGGGUACUAGUGCUCUCACACAGAUAUUUAUUUAUUCAAAUGUCAAGAAUGACAAUGUAGGUCCUAUGUUGGGUAAAACACUGCAUUUUAUUUACAUACUGUUUUAUUGUCAUGCUUGAUGGAUGAAACUUUUUUUUUUCCUUUUUUUCCAGUAUGUAAUCUGAAACAUGUUCAAUCAGUAAACAUUAAUGUUUUUACAAGUACAUCAUGUGUGAUGAGACUUCAAAUAAUCAAAGAACUUCCUGAAGCCUUGCCUAUAGAAGUAUAUCAUAUUUCAAAAUAGAUCACAAAACUAUAAUUGACUGAUUGAAUUUUUACUUUAAUGAAAUAACCAAAUGACAUUGGGAUGUGUGAUGAUUCAGUUAUCUUAAGAUUCUUGGAAGAUGAAGAAGGAAGACUCUUCAUCUUUGGCUUACCAGUUAUUCAGCAAUAAUCCCCCACACUGUUAUAUUUCACCCCAGGACCCUAAAAACACUAUGUACUUGUAGAAUAAUCCCUUAUAAAAAAAAGUAAAUUCAUUGGGAAUUUACAUUUAGGAAAAAUUUUCAUAGAACAAUUAACCUUAGUUUUCUUAGUACACAUUUUUUUUUAAUACAAAAAGCUUUAGGUUAAUGAUGAUUUUGAAUAAGAUUUAAGUUAGAAAAAAUUCCAUUCCUAUUUACCUCUACUAGCAUUACAGUUUAUUGAGUAUAGCACAUGAUUCAAUAUCAUAGUACAUUUGUAUCCAAAAUGAUAGUAAUUAUUGCUGUGCCUUCCAUAUGAAGCCUUUCUGAUUCCCUGUCUUAUUGUCCUGUUCUUGGUGCUGUCUAGAGUAACUACUGAAGAGCUUAAGCUUAUGUGUGUUACCAUGUCCUGUUAGGAUGAGCAGUCUGGCUUGGAGUGUCUUGGGGCCAGAGUGUGGGUGUGGUGCUGUAUAUAGGAAUAGGUCUUCCAUUUUUUUUUUUUAUGUUGCAUUGUAUUUCAUGUUAAAUUCAUACUAAAGGUUAACACAUGAGUGAGUGUACGGCACAUUUUCAUACUAAUAGCUUGAUUUCUUUGUCUCUCUCUGUGUCUCUCUUUGUCUGUGUCUCUCAUGUGACUUUCUUAUGCAGGUGAGUUUUAAGUGACAUGAUUUUCUGGCAGCUUGUUGAUAAAUUGGUGUAAUCUUUGACCCAUAAGGUGUCCUCCAUUAAAACAAGAAACUUUU